CAUAGGCGUAACAGAAAAGGACAAGCUUCACCAAAUAAUGCUCUAACAAUAGCAUAAAAUAUAGUAUUUUUUAGAAGUGUUCCAUUAAGAAUAACUUGACACUUGUGAAACAUGCUUUACACGUUGACAAGAGAUGAUAACGAUUCCGAUUGACGCGAGUUGUACAUUUGCUAACCUGAUACGGCAAUGACUGAUUUGAUCUUCAUUUACAAUGUCGAAAUUAUUUUAGCGCUUUAGCCGUGAAUGCACAGAAGUAAGAUACUAGCGCAGAUAAGUGGUCUGAUCCGAAUUUAUGAUUUGUCAAGGGACAGUUUAUUUCUAGAGUAAAUUAUGGCAAAAGUACUGUGGAAAAUGGUGAAAAUGAGCCAUAGGGGCCCUGGGUGUGUCUCGAACCAUUUGACAACAAGGCAGAAGAGCAGUUGUCCGAACUAUGACAUAGUUGUAGUUGGUGGUGGAAUAGUAGGGGCGGCUGCAGCCAGAGAAAUGAAGCAGAGACACCCCAAUCUGAAAAUGGCCAUCGUGGAGAAAGAAAAAGAAAUGGCGGUCCAUCAAAGUGGUCAUAACAGCGGAGUUAUACAUGCCGGUAUUUAUUAUACACCUGGUUCUCUCAAGGCCAAACUGUGCGUAGAAGGUCUCCACCUGUCUUACCAGUACUUGGACCAAAAGAACAUUCCCUACAAGAAAGUGGGCAAGUUGAUAGUAGCAACGAACAAAAUUGAAGUAGAGAGAUUACACGGUCUCCUCCAAAGAGCUAAAGCUAAUAACGUACCUGCAAUCGUUUUGUUGAAAGGCUUAGAUGCGAUCAAAAAGAUAGAACCAAACUGUGUUGGUUUAGAGGCACUGUGGUCUCCAGAGACGGGAAUCGUUGACUGGGGAUUGGUGACUAAGCAUUAUGGAAAGGAUUUUGAAGAAAUGGGAGGAGAAAUUUUCUUAGGCUUUGAGGUUGAUUCCUUCAAAGAAUCUGGAGAGAAAGACUUCCCAGUUCUGAUCGGGUCCAAAAAAUCAGAAGAGCUAAAAGCUAAAUACGUCCUAACUUGCGGCGGACUUCAAUCGGACCUACUAGCAGUAAAGUCCGGCUGUCCCAAGUCACCAAAAAUAGUACCUUUCAGAGGCGAGUACCUGCUGCUGUCACCGAAGAAGAAAGAUUUGGUCAAAGGGAACAUAUAUCCGGUUCCAGAUCCUAGGUUCCCGUUUUUGGGGGUCCAUUUCACGCCUAGGAUGGACGGCAGCAUAUGGCUGGGGCCUAACGCAGUAUUAUCGUUCAAGAGAGAAGGUUACAAAUGGACAGAUAUCAACGUUUUCGAACUAGCAGAUACGAUUUUGUACCCGGGAUUUAUAAAUAUGGGCUUGAAAUACCUCUUACCUGGAUCCUAUGAGAUAAUGAAGUCUGCAAUUAUUUCGCUGCAAGUGAAAGAUCUGAAGAAGUUCAUACCAUCGAUUACCAGUAGUGAUGUGCAACGCGGACCAGCGGGAGUUAGAGCUCAGGCUUUGGACAUUAAAGGAAACCUGGUUGACGAUUUCUACUUCGAUAUCCAGAGACAUACUCAAAACCCAGUAAGCAGUAGAGUCUUACACUGCCGGAAUGCACCAAGCCCUGCAGCCACUAGUUCAUUGGCUAUUGCAAAAAUGAUAUCAGAUAAGAUGGAAGAAGUGUUCAAUAUAGGCCGUUAACAAUAACAAAUUUUCUUAAUAUUCCAAUAAAAAAUUUCCUUGUGCAAUAUUGACAUAAUUGUCGUAAUGCCUCGGAAGAGUUUUGCCUUCACAAGUGGUUAAAUAUGAAUAUAUGUAUCUAUACAAUGUACAAGAGUGAUAUAAAUUAUUUUUAAGUA